GGGCUCCCAUGUGGCUUUCUGAACUACUUAAGGUAAUUGCUGGAUGCAAAUGUGCAAAUUUUCACAAAUUACGUGAAUUAUGCAGCCGUUGAAGGGGUAUAAAUAGGCUUCGACUGCUCGCGGGGCACUUCAUUGUGGCUGCCAUGUCGUCGUCUUCACUCAAUCGGAUACUCGCCUGCCUCUUGCUACUGCUGCUGCUGCUGCUGCUGGUUCUGGACUGUUCGCUAGCUCAUUCGCAGCAAUCGAAGGAUGCCCAGAGCCUGGAGGAGUUCCGCCAGAGGUAUCUCAUGCCCCUGCUCUCAGCUGGCACUCGAAACUGCACGCUGAAUGCCUGCGAGACGCUGAGGAUCAUGUCGCAGCUGCUGCUGCUCAUCAAGGCGUUGCCAAAUGACACUAUGAACUUCUUCAUGGCCGCCAGUCCGCAGACUGCCAGAAGCAGGUCGGGAGAGCAGGGCAGAGACUCAUUGGCGAACGGAGAUGUGACCUCGAUCUUCAAUCUCUCGGAGUUCGAUAAGCGCGUCAGGCAGAUCGAGAGCCGACUGCGCUCCGUGGAGCAGCCUAUCUGGCACUUGGCCAGCGGCAGCGAGCUGGAGUGGAACCACUGCACAUCUGGGGUGUGCCGCUGCAAUCCGGACACCAAGAGCUUCACCUGCUGGAACACGAACCUCAAGACGGUGCCCGUCAGCCAGGUCAUACCCAUGAACAUGGUGGCCAUCGAUCUGUCCCGCAAUUCACUCUCCACCCUGCACAAGGAUACCUUUCGUGGCUUGACACUGCUCAAGCAGCUGGACAUAUCCAACAACGUGCUCGACUUUCUGCCAUUCGAUCUCUUCCAGGACUUGGAUAGCUUAUUACAGCUUCGCAUCCAGAACAAUAAACUGGAGGACAUUGAUCCGCGAACUUUCUGGAAGCUGCGCAAUUUGAAUCUGUUGGAUUUGAAUAAGAAUGAGAUUAGUUUUCUGCCCGAGUCCCUGUUCUAUCACGCCCAGCGGCUAACUGUCAUCAAUCUGUGCGACAAUCAGAUCAAGAACUUUCCGCCCAAUCUGCUCCGGGAUCAGCUGAUGCUCGAGGAACUGGACAUGUCGCGCAACAGAAUCGAGGAGCUCGUCUCGGGCAGCAUGCGGUAUCAAACCAAGCUGAAGGCCUUGGACUUUGGCUUGAAUCAGAUUGCCAAGAUUGACGACGACUUCUUUGAGGGUCUGACGAGUCUGCGCACCCUUAUGCUGCACAACAAUCGCAUCACAUCAAUCUCGGGCAACAUAUUCAACAAUCUGGUGAAUCUGGUGACACUCGACUUGACCAUGAAUCGCAUUAGUCACAUUGAUGGCCAUGCCUUUGCGGAGCUGAAGAAUCUAAACGAGCUAUUCCUCGGCCAGAACUCCAUGUCCAGCAUCCCUUCGGGCCUGUUUCUGCAGGUGAGCGCCCUCACUCGGCUGACGCUUUUCUCGAAUAACCUGACCACGCUGGAGGCCAACGACUUUAAAGGCCUGACCAGCCUGAAAAUACUGAUGCUGAAUAACAAUGUACUGAAGCACUUCGAUGCCCGGGCAUUCGAGCCGCUCACCCAACUGGAGAAACUUCGCAUCGACUCCAAUAAGCUAAUGUAUUUGCCGACCGGCGCUCUGCACGGACUCGACAAACUGGUGGCCGUUAAGCUGGACAAGAACCCCUGGCACUGCGACUGUCGCGCCUUGUACUUGGCCCGUUGGAUACGCGAGUUCGUCGUGAAGCUGUGGGAUGGCCAGCAGCCCAUGUGUCGGGGACCGGGCGACCUAGGCGGCCACGAGGUGGGCCUGCUGCGCUACGACGAUCUCUGCGACGGGCAGUGGGCGAGCAUGUUGUCGCUGUCGCCGCGUCUUCCGGUGCGCACCCAUCGCAUUUCCACACCGAUGAACUAUACCGACUAUUUCAAUUUGUACUUGAAGCAUAUCUAUAACUCCACCACGGACGAGCAGCUCAAGGAGGCCGAGAUAACCAGUGUGGCCAUCAAGAAGGUUCACGUCGAUUAAUGAGAGGGAUGAGCUGCCAGAGUAAAGCAAGUCUUAG